GAUUGACGUUUCAAAAUAGCCGUAGGGGUCAUAUAAAGAUUACUUUAUUGCAAUAAUCGACAAACACACUGCCAACGCACAAACAGAUUACAGCCUAUGGGCAUUAGACAAUUGUACAAAUAUAGAAAAUCGUUAGUUCCACCACAGAAUACGCUUCAGCCGCCUUAUCUGCCUUUACCAGAAUCAUUUUUUCCCGAAGCUUCACGUGACGAAGGGAAUUAGAGAGAUCAUUAUCUAUAAUUCCUCUACGAAUAGAAGCGUUAUAACUACCUGUUUUAGCAGUCUUGUAGUUCGAUUUGAUUCACUCGUGUAAAAAAAUUGGCAAAAGUGCCACUGCUUGGUUUUCAACUUUUAAUCUCUGCAUAUCCGACUGUUGUUUUGACAAAAUACAGCAGAAAGCUUACCGAGUCAGCUGGUUGUCACGUCAGCUACAACCUAAAUCCGUAAUGGUAUAAAAUCAUGUUUAAUUUGCGAUCUUUACUAGAUUUGAUAAGGUUCUUCUGGUGAAUGCGUUAUAGCUACAGUUAGAAUCACAGACACCGAAACAACAGGUCACUGAGUUCGCGGGAAAGUGACAUGACGAGCUGGCUCCAUAGUCACGAUUAUUUUUGUCACAAUGGUGUUACAUGAAUAACAACGAGAUUUUUAUUUAAAAACGACCCCAAAAACUAAUUGACCGAACGGCGAAAAAAAAGAAAUCCAUCGCGGAAGACUUUCGAGUGCUUUUAGAAUAUUCUUAAGGAUUUUAGCAUCGGUUAUUUUCAUAAAUUGAGUUGAUGUUGAAUGUUCGACUCCACAGCUGAUUUUAUAUCAUUCCCCGAAAUAGACGUGGCCAUAUAAGGCCUUUAAAAAGAAGACUGAAUGAUAAUUCUUGAUUGCUCCCCAUUGGCCGGAUAUUUUCGUUGUUUUGACUAAUUGUCAAAGUUGACAAAAGCAGAUCAGUGAUUGGUCUCUUUGUCUUGUAUUGACCAAUCAAACGUUGCAGAUUGAAAUCACAAUUAAAUACAGCACGUACCCAAUGGAACUUUGGGCCCGCUCUAAUUUCCGCGAUUGAUUUGUGCGUCGGUGAAGUGCAUGACACUACCAAGACCCAAGUGUUUUGUGCUACAGAUUAUAUAUUUGCCAAAUUCCAGCGCUGCACUGGGCCGUAGUCCACUCACUCCUUGCACUCAUCACCGUGCUUCAACCUACCUUCCUUCUCAAUCAUGGAUCUUCAAUCACCUAUUCCUUCUUCUACAAUAUUCUUAGAGUUACAAACGGUCCACGAUACCGGCUAUUUCUAUUCUCUACCUUCACUUGAAGACGAUUGGGCACAGACACGCUUAGAAAUGGACCGAUAUUUAUGCCCUGAACCUAGCACAGUAGAAAAUAAAGAAUCAAAUUUAGGAACACCGACACCUUGGAACGAAUUUCUUUUGCCAUUCGACGAGGCGACAUUUCCUUUCGGAGACGAUUGGGAUAUCAAGCCUAUUGAUUUUAAUUCAUCCCCGACUAUGCCGUCUGUACCUACAGUUUUACCAGAAACUCCAACUGAACCGAAGCCGUGUGUGCAGCUCACGGUAAAGCCACUAAAGAUCAAGUUACCCAUAAAUGUUUCUGAGGAUCUUAGUAAGGUGUCUAAACCAGUUUUACCCUUAACUCCACCAAGCUCACCGGAAUCCUCAGUACCUACGAUAGUCGUGAGUAACAACCAACAACGGGCACCGCGACCUGUGUCGCGUGUACCUCGCACUAAAGGUAGUAAUGCUGUUAACAGAGCUAGCAGUCCGAAGGACGGAGCUGAAAGUAAGCGUAGAGUUCAUCGCUGCAAUUUUAGUGGCUGUCGCAAAGUCUACACAAAAAGCUCUCAUCUUAAAGCUCAUCAACGAACGCAUACUGGAGAAAAACCAUACAAAUGCUCUUGGGAAGGUUGUAAUUGGCGGUUUGCUCGUUCGGACGAGCUUACUCGCCAUUAUCGAAAACACACUGGAGCUAAACCAUUCAAAUGUGUGCACUGUGAUAGAUGCUUUUCAAGAUCGGACCAUCUAGCUUUACACAUGAAGAGACACGCAUAGAGAAGAACUAUGCUAGAAAGGAUAUUUUAAUUUAGAAUCGAUCUCACAAACUUGCCAUUGUGGAGAAUUAGAAUAUUUCCAUAAAUAAUUCAGAGUCGACCCCAGGUGCUUAGUGAAGGCGCCGUGAACUCGUCAUAUGAUAUUCGCUACAUAUGAUUCCAAAACAACGCGUAACAAGGAAAACACCGAGCAGCAUCGAAUCUAUACAUCUUGCUGCCUUACUUAGACUUUAUUUUAAUUUACACUGCUCGUGAAGUCACGCUUUGUCAACAAGACAAAUGGAAAGCAGAUUGUUUGCAUAUAAAUGAGUAGCGGAAACAGAGAACAAGAAAGGCUUACUUUAAAUAAUCAGGUUGUUCAGUAAGAACGUAAAAAGGAGUCCCUACUAGAGUUGUUUCAUUACAGAUGUUUAGAAAGGAAUGGGCUACAACCCAUAGGUUUCAAAUUGUCAUCUGUCUAAAAUAGAUGAAUAUUAUAAUGGUUAAGAAAUACCAUGUAAAUAGAAUUUAGUCCUCCAUCGAACAUGACUUCGAUCCAUUACAUUCAAAUUCAGACAAGAAAAUAACAUAAAAAGAAAGUCUAUAGAUCGAAAGUUGUAAAUAUAUAUCGUCCACAUGUAAAAGAAACAGAGAAGUGUAUAUAGAAUAUAUUAAAAUUGAAAAUGAAGCAUAACCA